AUGAAUAAGAACUUACAUUUAUAUACACUAAAAAAUUUCCUUAAUUCAAUUCCGCCUUAUAUAUCAUAUUCGAAGAAUUAUCAUUAUGAUGUGUUUAAUCAUGGGCAAGCAAAUCAGCCUUCCAGAGCAUUUCUAUGGUUUGAUUUUAUCGACGAUGUAGAAAGUUCUCAAUUGGAAGAUUCCAAGAAAAUUUACGAGAAACCAAGCGAUGUCCCAUUUUCAAAUGUCCCAGUUGAAAACAAAAUUGAUAUAAUCAAGGCUUUUGAAUUACAAAUUAUCAGAAUGCUGGAAACCGUUUUUAAUUCCACAGCCAACAUUAAUCGUAAUAAUAAUAAUCGUGCAAGUAACUUGAAAUUUAAAAAAAUGGAAUCUUACGCUGGCUUUAUUGCGGUACUGGCAUUGAGAUCAAAACAUGUAUUAUCAAUGAAUGAUAAAAAUAGUAUUAUGAAUUCUUAUUAUGCAAAAACAAAUGAUUUUUACGAGAAUGUUAAUGAAGUUUAUGAUUUUAUGGUGAAAUUAAAUGCUUCUUACGGGAUAUUAUCAACUUAUGAAUAUACUUGGUUUAUCAAAAAAAUUACCGAU